CAGCACGAUGUAUAUAUAUCUAGAGUACAGAGUAUCCCCUUCAGUGCCCUUCAGUGUCACCCACUAUCCGAGCACUCACCUCAACUUUAUUAAACUCACCUCUGGUUCUCCUCUACUGUGUAGGUUGUGGCAAGUAAUUUUACCUCUGCUUACCUUUGCUUUCUCUUGUUAUUUCUUUUUUACCUACUACCAUACUCUUGACUUUUAUCUCUCUCUCGCUCUCGUCUCUUGUCUCUCGUCUCUCGUGGACUACACACUCACAUCUGAUGUAGUAUAGUGACAGCGAAUGUAAGCCGGAUGGGAUGGCUGGGAUGAAAAUCUACUGUAAAAUGCAUGGCGCGCGUUAGCGUCAGCACAAAAAGUAUACUAGAGAGGUAAAGGUAUAAGAGCGCGGCACAGCACAGGUACACGACCCCCCGCCUUAGGUACCCCUUCUUACCAGUGUACCCACUGCUCUCAAGUUGUAUUACGCUUAAGAGAGUAUACUUAGUUAUGUUAUAUUUAGUCGUCUUCGUUUCCUGUCAGAAAUGUGCUGAUUAAUAAAAAAUAUACUUUUGAUUAGUCAUUAGUUUAUAUUUAUUAUUCAAAAAGUUUGCAUAGUACUUGUGUUAUCGCGCCCGCGCGAUUUUAAUACACAUUUAUAUCUGGUAAGCAAGUUUAAGCAUUCACGCGUUCUAGAUCAGUUUACCGAGUACUGCCUGUGUAAAUUCUUUUCUCUCUAUUCUUCGUUAGCUGGUUACUGGUUAGUUAUACUGUGGAUUUUUUUAAGCCUGGUGAUCAAGAUCGAACGCAGUAUACCUAUAACUUUAAUUUCAAUUCAUGGUAUUUAACUACUCUCAGCCAUAUUGGAGCGUGAUUUAAUAGCGGAAUAAAUUGUAGUGGAAAAAGACUAAAAGUGGACAGCGAAUGAAUUUUAACAGAAAUGGGACGAGUGACACUUUACACUUGAUCUAAGGCCACCAUGUCCAACAAAACAAAAUCUCAGACGACGCAGCAUCAAGAGAAGCAAAUACAACAACCACAGCCGCAGCAGCAACAACAUCAGCAACAGCAAGCGCAACAGCAUCAACUUCAGCAGCAGCAGCAGCAGCUGCAACAGCAUCAUCUUCUGAAACAACAAUCUAUUGGGCAGCUUCCGCCUCAGUAUCAGCCGCCGCCUCAGCCCACUAUUGGUAUCCUAAAGAAUUCGACAAGUAUCGGCAACAACCCAAAUGCCCUUUUGAACAGCUACCCCCAGUCACAGCAACCCCAGCGGGUGACGAACAUCAAAGAUGCCCAGGCAAAGUAUUUGACUAAAUUAGAUAGUCUCGGCAACCAGCCAAUGGUCCUCGGAUCAGCCGGUAAAGCUCCAGCUCACUCUUAUUAUCCCUCGAAAAUUUCCCCCGGACAAUUUUUGCCGUCAAGCAGUAGCAGCAGCAGCAGCUAUCCCGGUGGUAAUAUUAUUAUUCCAAAUACUGGCAAACAGAGAAUAAGCGACGAAGAAUUUAUGCGACUCAGUCCUGUGGAAAUGCUCAAGUUUGUCAGAAAAACUGAGAGUGAUCUUGCUAGAAUUGUUACUGAGCAAAAUCGACAGAUACAAAAUUUGCUCGGUGAGUUGCGGUCAUUAAAAGAAGCUAAUCAACGAUUAAGCGAUGACAAUCAGGAAUUAAGAGAUUUGUGUUGUUUUUUGGACGACGAUCGUCAAAAAGGGCGAAAACUAGCCCGGGAAUGGCAGCGGUUUGGUAGAUACACUGCCAGUGUAAUGAAACAAGAAGUUUCGGCCUAUCAAAAUAAAUUACGGCAGUUAGAUAAUAAACAGCAGGAACUGAUAAAAGACAAUCUCGAAUUAAAAGAGCUCUGUUUGUACCUGGACGAAGAACGAGGAAGUGGCGGUGCCCAGAGAGAUGACGGUGAUGGAUCUAGCUCGAGUACAAACGCUGAAGAAACAACCGCGGUACCUCCACCACCACCCGCUCCGCCGCGUCAAGUUCGGCAUACUUCUUUUUUUAACGAUGAAACGAUGCAAUACGUGCGGAGUCUUGAGCAAAGAGUGAAACAGCUUGAGGAAGACAAAAGCAUGUUGCAGGCAAGAGCCCAAACGUGGGAGGCCGAGAGUCGGGAUGCGCGUUGGGAGACCGUAAACGACGGUGACAAUCCUCAUAAUCUUCAUGGUGGUAGUGGACGUCCCGAAGCUGUUGUUCAAGCACUUCAGGUUCUUGAAGUAAGAGAACAAUUAGAAAGGGAUGCUGGCCAUAAUCCUACUGAAAAAGCACUCGUACGAGAGAUGUGUAAUGUCGUAUGGCGAAAACUGGAAGAAAGUCCACAUAUGAGACGUUAAUUAGUUGUACUCGUUGUUAUAUCUCCGCACUUAGCACUUGUUAUCAAAUAAUUAUGUAUUAUGAUAUUUAUAUAAAUAUAUAUAACUCAAUUAUAUACGGUUCAAUGAAGAAAUAUUAGGUGUCGUACUAGUGUGCUCAUAUAUUAGUAUUAUUGAUUAAAAGUAUAAAAUUCAAAUUUAUAUUUAGAAAGAAAUUAAAAAAAUU